UCUUGAUCUUAUGGACGUGUCAGUAUUGACAGUUCUUAUUUUAAACACUUUUCCUACACAGUUAACAAAGGAAGCUAAAAGGUUAGUUACAGCUUUGCGGGAAAAUCGAAACAAACUGGCUCAUUCAGUAAAAGCUGAGUUAGAUGACGCUGUUCUUUUCAAGGACUCAUUUCAGAACAUUGUAGGUCUUGCAAAAGAGGUGACAAAUAUAAAGGAGUAUGCAUUUGCGUUAAUCAAAUGCAUAAACGAACUGAAAAACAGAGAACUUGUCAACUGUUGCAGUAAUAUAGAACGCGUUAAGAUUAACAAUGAAUAUUUCCUUAUUAAGCUUGUUGAAUCACAAGGAUCAGAAAGGGUUGAUGCAGACGGAACAAUUCAGAUGAAAAUCGGCUUGACGAAAUGGGUGAGGCAACUAUCAAGGGGUUUAGAUGUUGGUAUUUUCAUCCGUAUGUUGAAGAACGAAGAAGUUAUAAACGAUACGAUGAAACGCAAAAUUGAGCAAGAAUACACAUACGAAGAACAAAUGCGUGUACUUAUCUUACACAUGAUUAAUGAAACGAAAUUUAACCUGUGCAAAAUGUGCCGAUGUUUGAGAAAUUUAUCACCGCAGCUCGCCGAUCUAAUAGAAGAUACUAACACAGAUGGAAAUGAAGUUGAAAAGUACCUGCAGCAAUAUGAAGAAGAAAAUGUGAUUCGGAUCUUAAAAGAGACAUUUACAGAAGCUACUGGCAAUUCUGUGUUAACGGAUCAAAUUCAUAUUUGUUUAGAAAAGAGGAUGGAUGUGACACUAGAUUUUAAGAUGAUAAGUAACUGCGUUUUGAAAUGUUUUACGACUGCAAGGCACCUAGAGAAUGAUGAUAGCUUUGCCGGAUUAACAUGGAAGACAGAAGAAUGCAAAGUCGGAACGAUGAUACAAAGAGAAACUACAAAAGAGACAAAUAUUUCUGGUAUGCCGUGCGAAGAGUUUGCAAAUUUUGUGGCUGAAACUUUAUCGAAGGUAAGCUUGUCUUUAUACGAACCUUUCAAAAAGGCGUUUAUUGAUGAAAGUAUAUCGCCACGAGCAUUUGUUGAUAUGACAAAAGAAGAAAUGAAAGAUACAUUUGAGUUAUAUCUAGGGCAUAUUAAAUUUGGUAUUGGUCUGCGGAAGGAAUUGUUUUCAAUUCAACGACAAAUUACAAAUGAAAAAGACACAAACCAUUCCGAAAAUAUUGGUUCUUUGCGACCAUUUGAUACAUCGUGUGGAAAAUUGACUUACAGAAAAUGCCAUUUCCGACCUAUGACAGGUAAUCUUCUUAUUCCCAAACAUGAAUUUAGAUGGCUUUCAACUAACAACAUGUAUUCGCCAUACUAUGUUGCGAAAGAAAUAGUGAGGUUUAUACUUGCUUGCAUCAAUGGACGUAAGAAUGGGACAAUACAUUUUGGAAUUAAACCCACAUUAUGCCAGACAGGUCUUGUAGUCGGGUUAGUAGCAAAUGACAAAUAUAUUGACCGUUUGAAUCAUGAAAUAGCUACAUCAGUUGAAGCUUGUUUCAAGGAGCAUUCUUCUAUUGCAUUCAGAUGUUUGCGUCCAUUACAAAUAGUUCCAGUAGAAGACGACGAUCAAGUUGUAAUUGAAGCUGAUGUGUGUCCAUAUUCUCAGCACAUAGGCCCUAAGUUGCUAACUAUUGAUUUCCCCCCAAAGGGAUUUCAACACAGACAGUGCUUUGUUUAUGAUAUCAAACCAGAUUGCCAAAUAUUACCGAUUGCUCCAAGUAAGGUGCAGCAAGUUGAAGAAAUGUAUUCCAAAGUUUUGAAGGAGCGGGUUGUUAUGGAAGAGGAAAAUGAUAGAAAAGGAGACAAUCAAAUCGUUCUGAAGAAAGAUCUGGUAAAAAUGCUUACUGGUGGUAAUAAGUACAUCACAGACGAAUUCAUCCCAAUAAUUGUUUCAGGCAAGAUAACUGGGUCACCAAAUGAAAAUUAUUUAAAAAACAUAGUGGACAUGACACGUGCGUUUACUUCAGCAAAAUUAGUAUUAGACUGUGAUAGUUCUGUUCAGCUACGUAAUAAAGUUGAGGAUGACAAAAUGCUUUACACUGUAAAAACAGCAGAGGACUUAAUACAUCAAGCUGAUAUUUCUCAUACAAGCCCAACAUGGGUAUAUUGUAAUGGAAAUGAAGAAUUGUCAAAAGAAACUAUGGCUUUGGAAGACUGGUUAGAAGCAAGGUCUGAUGGAGUUCAAAAUGCACUAGACGUUAUGAAAAAACUUAUCCCUAAGACAAGGGCGAAAGUUGUUUUUCUAAUGUUCCAAGAUAAUGAGGGUAGAAGGGAUCCAUUGCAUGAAAUUGCAAGAAUGGCAUUUGUUUCAUCUUUCAGAAACCAGUGUAUAGUCAUCGCUGAAGAUAAGGAUGUUGUCGCAAAUUUAAAGAAAGAGUUGAUGGACACAAUAGGUGCAAACAAGAUUGAGAAAUCUUUCCACACAGGCUUGUCUUGGGAUCAGAUUUCAAAUGUCAUGAAUAGUGUUUGUAGAAGGAAUCCAGAUGUUGUUUGUAAAUUACCAAGAUGUGACGGGCACUAUGCAGAAAUGACGAAUAUGGAGAGAGAAGAGUUAAAAUUCACAGAACUUGAUAUACUAGGUGGAGAAGAAUGUUUUGAGCAAGAAAUAAAAAUGUCUGACCAUGAGCGAAAGGCUAACAGAAAUGAUACACAGGAACGAUUUUAUCGGGGUGGUGAAGUCACUUGGUGGAACUUUUAUUACAAGUCUCAUGUUGCAAAAAGAGAUCUCUUUGACCGUCAUAAAACUGAGAUAAAUGAUAAACUUCUUGGGAAUAAAGGAGAAGCUUUGAUAGAAAUCCAUGAUAUUGAGCACCAUCCUGGUGCUGGUGGAAGUACACUUGGUAGGCAUUUACUUUGGUACUAUAGUCAAUUCAAGCAAACACCAGAAAAGGCUUAUCGUUGCUGUGCUAUCAGAAAUACAAGUAUCACUGAGGAAACUAUUAACCAGAUAGACAGGUUUCGGAAUUUCAAAGAUGGAGAAUGUCCAAAACCACUGAUUAUAUUAGCGGACAAUAAAAGUGAGGAUAGUAUCAUUUUGCUAAAGACAAAACUGCAUGAGCUUGCCUACAAGACUGGAUCUCCUGGUAGGUUGUUUUGUUUGAUAAUUAUUGUUGGCAGAAUGCCAAUAACACAUGACGAAACAGAAGGAAAGCUUUUGUUGAAGCAUAAACUGAGCACUACUGAACAAAACUGGUUUGAGUCUAAGCACAAAGAAAUGGAACAGUUAGACAACAUAGAUGUCAAGACAUUACUUGCUUUCAACUGUAUGAGAAAAUCGUUUGAUUCAUCAUACAUGAAGAAAACAAUCGACGAAAUUAUGAAGGGGGUAUCAAAAAGAGAAGUAAAUGUACUGAAAUCUCUUGCAUUGAUAAGCUCUUUCGAAAGCGACCACCCCGUACCAGAAAAUGUAUUCGAUUACAUGAUGAAUGAUCAAAUUGAUCUUGAAAUGAGACUUCGACAACCCUGGGGUAUAGCUCAUUCUAUACCAGAAUUACAAAACCUUAGACAAUUACGAAAUGAAACAUGGAACAUGUAUAUGUCAGAUGCAAUGAGUCUUUUGAUUACAAAGAAAGAAGAUUGUGAUUUUUACAACAGUGGUGUUUGCCUCAUAUCACAGAUGCUUGCAAAAACUGUGCUUGAAUAUAUAAAAGUUCAUGAAAAUUUAACACUGGAGAAUAUUGUCAAUAGUUUGCUGGAUUUAGUAGAACAACAACACAAAGAAUCAAAUCCAAUGUCUAAGCGAUUCGUAAAAAUUGUUUGCAGUCUUUUUAAAACAAGACAGCUCUUGGAAAGUGAAAGAGGCGACUUGAAAGAGAAAUUUUCUGAUUUGGUCUUAGAACUAGAUCACGAAGAAGAAAAUGACACUGAGCAAGAGAACAGUCACAGAGUACUGCGGGUGAUGCAGCGUUGUUUUACCAUAACAGAUGAUGCAAUGGUAGGUCAACAGUUAGCUAGAUUCAACAUUCACAUAAGAGAAUUCACAGACGCAAUAUCUGCUAUUAAACUUUCUCUGGAGAAGCGACCAAACAGGUUCUUAUUUGCUUGA